UUUAAAAUCAGGAAGAUAUCUUUUUGACUUCAGGGCCUGUACUCUAUCCACUGCACUGUGCAGCUGCCCAGAAGUGAUAGCAGGCCAAUUAUGAAAGUGGAAAACUUUUUAAUUCAAAUAGAACUUUUAUCUAGAGCCUACUAGUGUUCCUCUAAGAAGAAUUAAAACCUUUUCCACUUUCACAAUUAGGCUGCUAUCAUCUCCUAAUCAACUGGUCUUAUAAAUUUAAUGGAGACCUGGUAUAGCAUAGCAUAAAGGGUUAAACCAUUAUCAUGAUAAUAAUAAUAAAAAUUUGCAUUAUAUGGUGUUUUAAAAUUUGCUUUACAUAUAAUUUGAUCCUUCCAGCAACCCUGUGAAUUAGAUGUUAUUAAAAAAAAAUCUCCAUUUUACAGUCCAGGGACCUCAAAACUCAACAAUUUCUGAUAUAACACUUUUAGCUGAUAGCAUGGAUGUAAUUACUGUUUCCCAAAUUAUAAAGGGGCUCCCUUGUAGGUACUUGAAAUGGAACAGGCCAAUAAAAUUUGUUUGGUUGUUUGCUUUCUACGUGUGUUCAUCCUUCUCUGGGCUGUCUUCCAGGUAGUAAAAUACUGUUCCAGGCAUCCCUGAGCACAGAGUGCUGUAGAAAUUAGUAGUCAGGUGGAGUGGUGUAUACUUAGUCUCCAGUGAAGAACAAAUGUAUAGUCAAAAUAUAUAAUUGUAUAGGAAGCCAGGGAUUCCUAACAAAAUUUCAUACCUCCCAGUAGCUCAUGUUUCUUUCCUUUCUUGCAGUAAUCCUCCCCAGUACCCCCCUUAUCCCUUUUCCCUUCUGUUCUUCUCAAGAUGGGGAUGCUAAAAAGCGCAAGGCCUCUUUGGAGGGACAAUAGCAAGACUGGUCAGUCUAGAUAGAUUUAAGAAUAUAUAGUCUCAAAUUUAUAAGGUUCAGAACAUAGAUUUAGUGUUAGAAGAAGAUUUUGAAAUAAACUAAUCCAACCUCUUCACAGAUAAAGAAACCAAGACAGAUAUAAAAUGUUUUGCUCAUAUCAAUAGUGAGAGGCAAAAUUUGGCCCCAGCUUCUUUGUCUCCAAGUUCUCUUCACUGGAUCACACACUUGUGGGUACCAAGCUGUGACCUAGAGAAGAGAAUUUUUAUUUAUUCAUCAAAGUGGAGAAGAUGAGGAAACCAAGACCCAGAGAAGUGAACUGACAUUCAAGAUAAAAUAGCUGGAGAAGAAACACAGAAGUCAGUGAAGAAGCUCUGGGUGGCCUGACUCAAAACUCAUCCCUUCUGGGAAGCCUGGAAUAAAGAAAGUCGCUUUGCCAGACUCAACAAAUACCACCUUGAUGGGCCCCAAGGGGACAGCAGCCAUCAGCUAAAUAAUAAACAAACCAUUAGGAUCCAGUUGAAGCCUUGAGGUCCAGCUUUUGAUUUCCUGUUCUGUGACUGCAAGUGAAGGAGCAUCUCCCCCGGAAUCCUGUAAUGCACCACUGUGCCCAGACAGACUGACUCUUUGGAAUCUGGGAAAGAGGAGCUGGUCCCAAAGUCCUUGAUAAGGAUGGGCACUUGUGUGGACAGACCCCUUGCCUUGUGGAAUUUUCCCCAAUAAGAGAUUGGAUCACUCAUCAAGAACGCUGCAGGGAGAUUUCUUAUUUUGUUGCAUCAGAAAACCCUGAAGAUAAUUCAGAAGUUCUAGAGCUUGGGGAGAAGAGAUCUUGGCCCUAGUUUCAGCUUCAUGAUGUUGGGGAGGAUGGAUGCUGGAUGGCACCGUUCAGGUUGGGGUUUCUUGACCUGGUCUCCAUUGAAGGGUUUAUUGGCUGUGGUGCUGGUGGCUGGGAAUGUCAUGCUUGUUAUGGCUAAGGGUAAUGCCCAGACCUCGAAUAGCCUAGAAGAAGGAGCAGACGCCACGGCUUACUGGUGGGGAGAGUGGACCAAGUGGACGGCUUGCACCAGGACUUGUGGCGGAGGGGUGAAGUCUCAGGAGAGACACUGUCUUCGGCAGAGGAGGAAGUCCGUCUCGGGGCUCGGGAACAAGACCUGCACGGGCACCUCCAAGAGGCACCAGCUGUGCAAAGUGCAGGAGUGUCCUUCUGAUGGAAGAAGCUUCAGGGAGGAGCAGUGCAUAUCCUUCAACUCCCAUGUGUACAAUGGAAGGACGUAUCAAUGGAAACCCUUAUACCCUGAUGACUAUGUGCACAUCUCAAGCAAGCCCUGUGACUUGCAUUGCACAACCGUAGAUGGCCAGAGGCAGCUGAUGGUGCCAGCUCGUGAUGGGACCUCCUGCAAAUUCAUCGACUUCCGAGGGGUUUGCGUGUCUGGAAAAUGUGAGCCCAUUGGAUGUGAUGGGGUCCUCUUCUCUACCCACACUCUGGACAAAUGUGGCGUUUGUCAGGGUGAUGGCAGCAGCUGCACGCACGUGACAGGGAAUUACAGGAAAGGGAAUGCCCACCUGGGCUAUUCCCUGGUAACACACAUUCCAGCUGGCGCCCGAGAUAUCCAGAUUGUAGAACGGAAGAAGUCGGCAGACGUCUUAGCUCUUGCUGAUGAAGCUGGCUACUAUUUCUUUAAUGGGAACUACAAAGUAGACAGCCCCAAGAACUUCAACAUCGCUGGCACCAUUGUGAAGUACCGAAGGCCUAUGGACGUGUAUGAAACUGGAAUUGAAUACAUCGUAGCUCAGGGCCCCACCAACCAGGGUCUGAAUGUCAUGGUGUGGAAUCAAAAUGGCAAGAGUCCUUCAAUUACCUUUGAAUACACCCUUCUCAGAAAACCUCACUCCCAGAGCAUCCAGCCUGUCUACUAUACCUUCUCCGAAACUGCAUCAGAGAGUGCGGAAAGCCGUGAAUUUGAUGGCGAGGGGCUAGUGGGCUUUGUCCAACACAAUGGCAGCUACUACAGGAAAUCAUCAAAGGAGAGACUAGAUCUAGAGAACCAGCUAUUUGGCCAGCAGAGCCCUUCUGAGGAUCUCAACUUGAGGAAGGGUCAGGAGACCAAUGAGGUGUAUGAGAGGGCAGGAGGCAUGGACUGUGAGACUCCACUGAGGGGCAAAGCCUUCCGAGAUUCAAAUACUACCCAAGUGGUUCAUGCAGGAGAAAAGGAAGAUCAAGACACUGAUGCUCACUUUGCCUCCCAGGAGUUCCUCUCAGAGAAUGCCAUCUCCGACCAACUUUUGGGCAAGAACUCUGACUCUAAAGAGUUUGUCCUGAAUGUAACAGUGAACAGUAUUUUUGCUCAAGGUGACCCACAUCACCCAGGGAACUCUCCCAUGGACAGCCUCUAUUUGGAUUAUGAGGAGAAUGAAGGGGCUUAUAUCCUCAAUGGUACCUACUUGGAGCUGACCAGUGAUAAGAUGGCCAAUACAUCAUCAGAGACACCAUUCCCCAAUGCCAGUGCAGCCCUCCCUAGUUCACCAGGAAACAGGACACACAAAGCAAGGACCAGGCCCAAGUCCAGGAAGCAAGGUGUGAGUCCUGCUGACAUGUACAGGUGGAAGCUCUCUUCCCACGAGCCUUGUAGCUCCACCUGCACAACAGGGGUCAUGUCAACGUAUGCCAUGUGUGUCCGUUAUGAUGGGAUUGAGGUUGAUGACAGUUACUGCGAUGCCCUGACCCGCCCGGAGCCUGUCCACGAGUUCUGUGCUGGGAGGGAAUGCCAGCCAAGGUGGGAGACCAGUAGUUGGAGUGAGUGCUCUCGAACCUGUGGGGAAGGUUACCAGUUCCGCAUUGUUCGUUGCUGGAAGAUGAUCUCACCGGGCUUCGACAGCUCUGUGUACAGUGACUUGUGUGAGUCAGCAGAGAUUACCAGGCCUGAUGAGCGCAAGACGUGCAAGAAUCCAGCUUGUGGGCCCCAGUGGGAGAUGUCAGAAUGGUCAGAGUGCGCAGCCAGGUGCGGGGAGAGGAGUGUGGUGACCCGGGACAUCCGAUGUUCUGAGGACGAGAAGCUUUGUGAUGCCAACACGAGGCCAGUGGCAGAGAAGAACUGCACGGGUCCCCCUUGUGACCGACAAUGGACCGUCUCAGACUGGGGACCGUGCAGUGGAAGCUGUGGCCAGGGAAGGAUGAUUCGACACGUCUACUGCAAGACCAGUGAUGGGCGGGUCGUGCCCGAGUCCCAGUGUAAUGUGGAAGCCAAACCCCUGGCCAUCCACCCCUGUGGGGACAAGAACUGCCCCGCUCAUUGGCUGGCUCAGGACUGGGAGCGGUGCAAUACCACUUGUGGGCGUGGGGUGAAGAAGAGGAUUGUGCUGUGUCUGGAGCUGGCUAAUGGGAAACUGAAGACAAGGAGCCCCUCUGACUGUGACAUCACCAAGAAGCCCACGGAGGAGAGCACCUGUUUCGAGAGGCCAUGCUUCAAGUGGUACACCACCCCGUGGUCUGAGUGCACCAAAACCUGUGGAGUAGGGGUGAGAAUGCGUGAUGUGAAAUGCUAUCAAGGAACAGACAUUGUUCGGGGCUGUGACCCAUUGGUGAAACCGGUUGCCAAACAGACCUGUGACCUGCAGCCAUGCCCUACAGAACCUCCAGAUGACAGCUGCCAGGAUCAGCCAGGGACCAACUGUGCUCUGGCCAUCAAGGUCAACCUUUGUAGCCACUGGUACUACAGCAAAGCCUGCUGUCGUUCUUGUAGACCCACCCACUCCUAGGCUCCGUGGAGGAGAGACCUCCCCUUUCGCCCUGGCCAGGACUGCCACACUGAGAGAGUGAAGGACCGGGGGAGUCCCAUGGAAGGGGAACUCCCCACCCCUUCUUUUAAUCGAAGUUCUUCCCAGUAGCUGGGAGCACAAGCCUGUGAAAAAUGGACAUUGGCCCUCUGCUUGUAGAGAAGGGACUUUGACCACGCUCUACCGAACCUCCUCUCCCUCUCCUGUCCCGUGGGAGAGAUCCACUGGUCACCUGCAUUGGGUUUGGAGGUUGGGAACCCAUCCACGACUCCUCACUACUGUAUGUUGGUAGUGCCGGAUAGAUGGAAGGAUGUACAUAGAAUCUUGUAUAUUUGUUUCUGUUUUAGAUCAAAACCUUUGUGGGGGUUUCUCCUCCAACCCAGGCCUGCUUGGUCUCCUGCCUCCAUGCCCAGCUUCUUGCUCGCUCUUACAAAGUUCCAAAGGGAGGGGAGAAUGUUUGGGGAGAAUGUUUGGCAACCAAAACAUAUUGGAAGGUGGAUCCUGUUGGUUUUACGAGUUGCCUUGGAGUGAAAUCUCUUGUCCCCAGGUUCUUUGGGGCCUUAGGGGGAAGGGCACUACAGGAGAAGAGAACAGAAGACUGCAAAAGUAGGUGUAUACUUUUCAGAGAAUUUUAUCUCAUAACCAAAUGUCAGUUUCAUAGUCCUUAUAAAAGAUCAUCAAUGCUGACAGAAGUGUAUAUAAUGAAACGUACCUGCACUUUAUAUCACAAAAGACGCAUUUGUUUCUUAAUAUAUUUGUUUACAAACAGUGGAUUUUAUCCCUAUAAUCAUUAAUCAGUAUUCAUCUGUGUAUGUCAAUAAAGUUGUCAUAUUUA